CAGUUCUCAAACAGUGGCUAAAGUGUGCGGUUAUGACUUGGUAUAAAAAACUUCCUUUUGCAGUAUGUAGAGGAAUGGGAAUCCUGUAUUUGAAAUCGCUGUCGACUGGGGGUGCGUUGUUACUGGUGGUCUUCUACGUCAUGUUCGGUAGACAGAUGUCGUUCUUUUUUACCCCGGGUGUUGCGAGAGACUUGCACCAGCAUAAUGACAGUCUACCGGGAAAUGACAAUUUGACUAUGUCGACGCCCGUUUCUUUGUCUUUGCUACUUCCGACGCUCGGCGCUUCGCUACCUCCAUGGCCUUUUCAGCCACCGCCGCAACCAGCCAUAUUUCAGAAAACGAGGCCAUCUACUCCAACCCCAACCGCAUCUGGCGGCGCGCCGGAUGAUUUUUCCCACACAAACUCAGAAGACAGUGUUCUUAUUAGCAAGGACUCUUCUAUGGUUAGUCAAUUAAAUGAACUGGAACAGAGGUCAAGGCAUUUAAACACAACGUGCUUCAAGGACGUUUUACUCAACGCAACUUAUAAGGGAACGGAACGCGGGCGUUUUUUUCAUUCUAAGGUUUACAAUAUCGGAUAUUGCAAAGUGCCUAAAGUUGGGUCUACUUUUUGGACAUUGUUAUUUACAACUCUUGACAAUGGAGUCGAUUUUGGCAAGAAACUUUUAGAAAAGAAACGCAGUUCUCUUCACGCUGGUCCUUACUCUUUUUCUUCCUCAUUCACGAACCUUAAGAGUGCCAAAGUUCCAAUAAUUCUCCCAACACGGGACCCAUAUUCUCGGCUUUACUCGGCUUUCAUCGACAAAUCAUACUUGCCCAUUAGAAUAAACACAAACUACGAUGUUCUAAGCAUUCGAAACAAAUCACUGUGCGCAACUGAUGUUUCUUUUCAAGAAUUUCUGCAAUGGAUUUUGAACGAAGCGAAAACAGGCAAAUCUUUAGAUAGACACUGGGCACCGAUUUAUUCUAUUUGCGGACCUUGCGAGGUUAAGGCUCAGUACAUUGCAAAACAAGAAACAUUUGCAAACGAUAUCGGCGUCUUAUUAAAAAAGCUGAACGUAUCGUCAGAAAAAUACAACUUCAUCAUGCAUACGCUGGAAGGCAAGCGGAUCCAGUCAUCCUUGCCGGGAAUUGUGGCUACAAUUCUAGAGCGGAGUUCUGGGGCCGAGAUUAGCCGGUGUAUGCCAUGGCUGGAGGUCACUCGAAGGAUAUGGCGCUCUUUUCAGAUUCAGGGCUAUAUUCGCGAGGACCGAGGAUAUCCGCAAGGUACGUUCGAGUCUAUUCGGAACAGCUCAGAUCCGUCAUUAGUGUCCGAUAUAAUUUUGGCGGAAAUAUUCAAGUAUACUUUGUCGUCGGAAGAACGUAAAAAUCAACGAGAAAAUGCGUUACGAAAAGCGUAUGAUGGUGUCAGCAAAGAUGUUGUUGAUGUGAUCAAAGACUUGUACAGUGUGGACUUUUCAAUAUACGGUUAUUUUAAUAUUCCACCAAAUGAGAGAUAAAAUGAAAGUUUCUUUGCGAUAAAAAAGGUUAUUUGAUCGUUUCUUAACUGUUUGAGUCAACAUAUGUCAA